AGACUGGACCAAUGAUGCUCUGCCUCUCAGGUCACAGUCCACAGGAACAAGAGGCUGGCAUGCCCUAGGCUUUCAGUCACUGCAGCUGUCACCUUCAGGAACACAGGAGAAGGGCAGGGACUUACGAUGGGGUGUCCUCUCCCACAGGAGCUCAUGGGCCAGCACCCAGCCCAGAAGGGCCAAGCCCAUAAUUUGGCAGAAACAACACACCUCAUUUCUGGAAAAGGAAAGUGAAAGCUAAACUGUCCUCUUCCUUCAGAUGCUCCGUUUUGGACCUUUUCAUUGGUCAGCAUAGAUCCCAUGCUAAUAAGGGGGCAGCUCCAGCACGUAUAAAGUUCCAGCUCCCUUUCCUCACUCCCUCCCAAGCUUCCCUGCAUCCCUCUCGAUGGCACCCACUUCUCACCGCUACUCCCUACUGUCCAUGGAUGAGUCCCCAGAGAACCUGGGGGAUCGCAAGCUGCCAGUGUGGGUGGGGAUCCUGCUGAGCCUCCUGGUGGUAGUGGUGGUAGGACUGUCUGUGGCAGUAGGCGUUUUGGCUGCCAAGGCCAAUAGCCCAGCUUGCAAGGAUGGCCUCCGGGCUGAGCAGGAGUGUCGCAACAUCACCCACCUCCUGGAGCAGGAGCUGACCCAGGCCCAGGAAGUCUUGCGGGGAACUGAGGCCCAAGCUGCCACUUGCAACCAGACUGUGGAGACCCUGAAGAUUUCCCUGAAAGAGGAGAAGGCUGCGGGCCACAAGCAACAGGAGCUGGUGCAGAAGCUUCAAGAGGAGAUCAAGACAUUGAAUCAGUCGCUGCGAGACAAAUCCGCAGAGCUGGAGGAGAAAUCCGCGGAUGUAAAGAAAUCCCGGGAUCUGGAGAAGAAAUCCGCUGAUCUGGAGAAGAAAUCCGCGGAUCUGAAGAAGAAAUCCGGGGAUCUGGAGAAGAAAUCCGCGGAUCUGGAGAAGAAAUCCGCGGAUCUGGAGAAGAAAUCCGCGGAUCUGAAGAAGAAAUCCGCGGAUCUAGAGAAGAAAUCCGCGGAUCUGAAGAAGAAAUCCGCGGAUCUAGAGAAGAAAUCCGAGGAUCUGGAGAAGAAAUCCGCGGAUCUGAAGAAGAAAUCCGCGGAUCUAGAGAAGAAAUCCGCGGAUCUGGAGAAGAAAUCCGGGGAUCUGAAGAAGAAAUCCGGGGAUCUGGAGAAGAAAUCCGCGGAUCUGAAGAAGAAAUCCGGGGAUCUGGAGAAGAAAUCCGCGGAGCUGGAGCAACUAAGAAAAGAGAAUGAGGACUUGGUCUCUGCCAAAUUCUGGAUCAGCGUGCUUCUCUAUGUGACCGCCCUGCUCCUGUUCCUGAGCCUCCUGGCUCUGCUGGUCUUUUACCUCAGAAAGCCUGCCGGCACAUUCUAACCUGGCUGAGAGCUGUUUGCCCAGAGACAAGGGGAUUAACCUCUGAAUGCAGUUCAUGCUCCUUUUCCGAGAGUUUCCUGUCAUCUUGGAAAGAUAACCUGGUCCCACAGAUGCUCUCUCCCAUUCGGCCGGC